ACUAUAAAUUUACCACUAAUUUACAGUUAAAAUACUCUAAACAACUAAGUAGAAUGAGUAAAUGAAAAAAUCGUAUUUGUAUGUUUUUGUUCCUGUCGCCAUGGCAACCAAUAGUGCAACGGAACACAAACAAAAUUGCUCCAUCGGUUGUUUGGAAAAGCAUCGAAAGUUGGUACGAGGACAUUUUCUACAAGGACCGCAGAGAUGAAAUUCAAGACAUACAUUUCCAAAGAUUCCAAACUGAAGGAAGCCAUUGCUGCUCUGGGUUGGAGCAACAAUGAAGACAUCUACAGCUGUAGUGAGGAUCAGCAGGUGUACAAGUGGAGUUCGUCCAAUCGAGAAAUGGUACAGGUGGCUAAACUUCCCGAUGGAUUCGUGUCGACGGAUUUGCAUUGGCUUGUUGGCAAAGGGUCUGGUAUCGGUACGCCAGGCGCCAGUGCCGCAGGCGGUAGCAAAGGUGGCGAAUCCUUGCUGAUUGCCGGUGCAGAUGGACGGUUUGUGAUUUUAAAUAAAAGCGCACGAAUCGAACGGAAUGUUUCGGCGCACACCGGACCGAUUGUGGCUGCUCGCUGGAGCCCAGACGGUGCCGGGUUGCUCACUGCCGGCGAGGAUGGUAUCAUUAAAAUUUGGUCCCGAUCAGGAAUGCUUCGGUCGACAGUUGUGCAAAAUGAAGGGCAAAUUCGAUGCGCCAGAUGGUCCCCCAGCGCAACGGCUAUCGUGUAUUGUCAAGGGCCGUUCGUUGCUAUUAAACCGCUAGCUGCAAAUAGUAAGCUGACGAAAUGGAGAGCACACGACGGGUUGGUCCUGUGCCUUACGUGGUCCAACAAUACCAGUAUGAUCGGCACUGGUGGCGAGGAUUGUCGGUAUAAGAUUUGGGACACUCUAGGAACGAACAUCUACACAAGUGUGGCUGAUGAUUAUGCUAUCACAUCGAUGGAUUUUUGCCCGGACGGAGAAUUGCUAGCAAUCGGUGGAUUUAAUAUGCUGAAACUAUGCCAUUACACGGGGUGGAGCCACAGCAUCGUACGUUUCAAUCAGCAAGUGACAGGAUCGCUGUUCAACAUAGUGUGGUCGGCAGAUAGUACACAGAUCGCGUCUUCAACUAGCACUGGAUCCUUGCUGUUUGGGCACAUCAUCGAACGUGAGCUGCGAAAUCGGAACCUGAAGGCAAUAACCUCGGGUCGGAAAACGAUCCAGCUGCAAGACAUUGUCGCACGGACUAGUGACACGUUGGACUUUUCUGAGAGAAUCAUCAAAUGGGAGCUAGGAUACGGUCACUUGGUUGUAGCCACGGUUCAUCAAGUGCACAUCUUCAACGAGCAUUACAUAAACACACCGAUUAUCAUAGACGGUCGCAGCGAUAUUCGCAUCAUAAUGCUUGGGAAGAAACAUUUCAUUCUAGUUGACUACAACUCCAUUUGGAUUUACACCUACACUGGACGGCUACAUUUGAACCCCCGGUUUCCUGGAUCUCAGGCACAAAUACCGCACCUGAACGGUCGUUGCGUAUCGCUUGGAAUGGAUUCACUUGCUGUACGCGACCAUUCCGAUCAAACGAUCGUACAUGUGUUCGAUCUGCUACCCGGUGCCACACGCCAGGAAGAACCGCACACUAUCCACAGCAAAGCUCCCGUCAUCGAGGUGGCUGUAUGUCGUUAUGGCAAUCCAGACGAUCAGUAUCUCGUUUUUAUCGAUGCCAAUCAGGACCUGUACAUCACGAGCGUGCACAGUGGGCCGGAGUACGUGAUGCACAAAAUUGGAACCCAGGUUACAGCGACGAUGUGGUCAUCCGAUACUAACAUUUUAGUCGGCUUGCACGACCUCAGCUACAGUGUUUGGUACUGUCCCGGGGAGGCAUGCGGAGAUCCUACACUAAUAGCGCUGACUACCUUCACGUACGAUACAAGCGAAUUUGGGAAAAACAUCACUUUGGAGAACUUUGAAGGGGCAAACAUAACGUUCCGAAGCUCGGGUGCUAUUUUUACUGUGUCGGUGAAAACUUACUGUGUCAUUCUUCACAAACUGUUCGCCGAGAACCAGUGGGAACGUGCGCUAAAACUGUGCCGCCUGGCACAGAAUCAUCUACUGUGGGCAACGCUGGCAGCAAUGGCUUCCAAGCGCAAUCAGUUGGAAAUUAGUGAAGAAGCGUUCUCGGCAUCGUUACAAAUCGAUAAGGUGAACUACCUAAAUUAUAUCAAAUCGCUGCCACUUUCGAGCCCGGAACAUAUGGCAGAAAAUUCGAUUAUGAAUGGGCGCAUCCAAGAGGCUGAGAUCAUUCUCAUGCACAACAAGCGCAUCCCGGAAGCGGUUCGCUUUUGUCUGCGCAUGCACCGAUGGAAUAAAGCACUCGAGGUUGCGCUUAAACAUAGCGUCGAUGUGGAGUUGGUACUGGAGGAGCGCCGGAAAUACUUGCAAGCAUUGGAGCGAGAAGAAAACGAUCCACAGUUCCUGGCUUUAGAUGAACGUCUCGAUUAGCAGAGUGUAGUUAUUGCCACAGUUGCAACGUACCCUACCGUAAAAACAAAAUAAGAUGAAGAAUAUUAAAAUUUUACUUCAAUUUACUAAUUAUUUAGUAACAUUCUUCUUCUUUGCUUGCCAACUUGCUGGAUCAUGCUGACCGGUUAUCUAUUAGCUUUCUAGACACUCACUACGGGCGGACGUUCCGGAUAGUUCGAUCGUGUGAAGACCGGCGCCGUUAUCGUUUCGACCAUCGGACUAGCCUUCGAUAGUUGCUACAUACAACGGAAUUGUUUAAUUUUUGUCAAUAUUUGAAUACAUUAUUUUAUCACUAGUGGCAAUGGACCGAGUUUAC